AUGUCUUGCAUAGAGGGCCAAGUCACACCCUUCUCCCUUAACACCCCAGAUGGAGUGAACUUGUAUGCUUGGCAUGUCAUGCCCUUGCCAGCCUAUCUGAAGCAGGAAGAGAGAUUCUCAGCACAGAGGCCCGGCUUUUGCGAGGACUUCACCCAGACCGAGUCUUUCAAGGCGCUUAAGGAGGACCCUGAAGCCCGCGUUGUUCUAUCAUAUAUCGCGCAAAACCACCGUCCUGACAGUUACCAUGUCAUCACCGACACCUCUUCCUACCACGUGUUGGCAAUCGAUUAUCGCGGAUUCGGCCACUCCACAGGCACUCCCUCUGAAGACGGCCUCAUCCAAGAUGCGGCUACUCUGAUUGACUGGGUCAUUAAUGUUGCCGGCGUCUCGUCAGACCGUAUCGUCCUUCUCGGCCAGAGCUUGGGUACUGCCGUGACCAGCGGCGUCGCAGAGCUUUACGCCUCCCAGGGCAUCGAAUUUGGUGGAGUUAUUCUCGUAGCAGGCUUCAGUAACUUGCCCAAGAUGCUCAGUGGCUACAAGAUCGGCGGACUGUUCCCCGUUCUGGGCCCUCUGAAGGUCUGGCCUGGAUUCUUAGAGUACAUGGAGACCUUCAUCUACGACAAGUGGCCGUCCGCUGACAGGCUUGAGAGCCUGGUGAAGCUGACCAAGCGAAGGCUACGCCUGACUCUGAUAUCUGCCAAGGACGACUCGGAUAUUCCCUGCGAGGAGAGCAGCAAGCUGUUCCGCGCUGCGGCCAAUGCCACCGUUGAUGGUGGGCUGAGCGACCACGCCUUUGAGUCUUGGAAGGAGGUACGGACGAUCCACAAGGGCAAGAACGCAUUCGUCACGACAUGGCAUGCGGACCACAAUAUCAUUAUUCGACAAGAAAUGUUCCCAUACGGAGGUAAGCGACUGGCAUAA